UGUUCAUUAAAGGUGUCAACGCCAAAUGUUGUAAAUUUCUCUGAUGGUUUCGCCGGUUAUGCAGUUAAUUUUCCCGACCUCACCUUUAAGCCAGAUACGGCUAAAGCACUUUAUACAUCUUCUCCAAAUUCAGAAUCUAUUACGUUUUUGGCAAGUUGCCCUAUUCCCAAACUCUCCGAGGAUAAGCGGUUUGAAAAAAUAUGCGACCGCAUUAUUCGAAGCGAUAUGAUACGAUGUAAAUUUUGUAAUGCUGUUUUCGCAAAUUCAAAGAAGACGUGUAAAGUUGAACCUCUUGGGUUUGUUGAUUCAUUGGUUACAUCGGAGAUGUCGACUUAUUACUGCCACACAGAUAAUCAGUCAUGCGUUGUUCUGCCAUCUCCACUUUCUAUGAUUCUAAAUGAUCUACCUGAUACUUCUGUCCUCUCUAAUGGUGUUGAACUAAUUAUGGGACCUGAUAUAUUAAUUGAUGGCUCGCUUAUUAAAUCUCAACAACUUGAAUCUGUCUUCUGCGCUCGUUGUCGAAUUAUGGUCGGCAGGUUGGUUGGUGUAGAAAAGGAUAGAGUGGUGGCAUUUUACACAAACUCCCUCAAAAUUCGUAGGCCAGAUAGAGAUGCAGAAGGAAAUUUUGUUCGUGUUGUAGAUAUUCCCUUGGUGAAGCACGAUUUUGACUUCUUUGAUCUCCUUUUCCACCACCUUAUGAAAGCCAAUAGGUACAGAAUUCUUCUUUCCGCGGGUUCGCACGAUUCAGCUAUUGACUACGCGUUGAUUUGGAUUCUUGGUCAACGUACGUGUCUUUAUAAUACCAUUAUCAACACAUCGAAAUUCGCUCUUACUUUGGAUGCUGAUGAAUCAGAGGUGGUGGAAACCAUUUCAGCUGAAAAAGUGCAUAUAUUGAAAGUGGCUUACCGUCGUCUUCCUCGGGAGCAAAACGCUGAAGAGAAAGAUCCCAAAUUGGUGGAAUGGAAUCGAGAUUUUUCCGUGAGUCAUUUACGACUACCUAUGGAAACGUGCAUUUCGUUGAUGGCUUGCCUUGAUCAUGUUACUAAACGUCUUGCACCGCAUAUGAGAUUGGGAACUAAGGCAAUGGAAGGUUUUACGUUUGGUGGAAUUCCUGCCAAGUUGGAAAGUUAA